AUGGAGCUGGGAUUCAACUGCUCUGAGCUCUGUGAUGGCAGCUCCAGUUUUGGCAGCCAGGCUCCACAGCAGCGGGCACUGCAGGAGCUCUGCACUGUCACAGUGCAGACAUCUGACCACAGUGGGAAGAGCUCCACAUCCUUCUCUGUUGCCCUUCUGGGAAUUGUGUGGACAUUCCUGACUGGAGGAGUCCUGCUAGCACUUUUUUUUCUUGUCUUCACAAUUCGCUUCAGGAAAAACAGGAUCGUGAAGAUGUCCAGCCCCAAUCUGAACAUUGUGAGCCUGCUGGGCAGUGGUAUGACUUACACUAGUGCUUACCUCUUUGGGAUUCAGGAGCAGAGCCUGCCGUCUGGAGAUUUGGUGGAAAAGCUUAUUCAGGUGCGGAUCUGCCUGCUGUGUGUGGGGAGCUCUCUAGUGUUUGGCCCCAUCCUGGGCAAAAGCUGGCGGCUCUACAAGGUGUUCACCCAGAGGGUGCCGGACAAGCGGGUGAUUAUCAAAGACCUCCAGUUGCUGGCGAUGGUGGCAGUCUUGGUGCUGGCAGAUGCCAUGUUGCUCUUGACUUGGGUAUUCUCUGAUCCAGUCAAGUGCUUCCGAAGCCUCAGCGUCUCGCUGCGGGCAACAGAGAAAAGCAUGAGCUGCUCAGUGAGCCGGGUGCAGUCCUGCGCAUCCCUCUAUUCCGAUCUUUGGCUCAUUCUCAUUUUAGGGUUCAAGAGUAUCCUCCUGCUGUAUGGGACCUACUUGGCCGGUCUGACUGACAAUGUCAGCUCCCCGCCGGUCAACCAGUCCUUGACGCUCAUCGUCGGUGUCAACCUCAUUUUCCUGGCUGCUGGCAUUGUCUGCUUAGUUCACCGCUUCUUCCGUGCUUGGCACAACUUGCUGUUUGGUUUUACCUCUGGAAGCAUCUUUGUGUGUACAACCACGAUCAACUGCUUCAUCUUUGUCCCACAGCUCAAGCAGUGGAAAGCCUUUGAAGAGGAAAACCAAACCAUGAGCCACAUGGCAAAGUAUUUCACCAGUCCAAGCCGGAGCUGCCGCUCAGUGUACAGCGAGGAUCAGCUCUACCAACUGAUAGGGGAGAAGAACUCCAUGAAGCGGCUGCUCACCGAGAAAAAUGCCGUGAUUGAAAGCCUGCAGGAGCAAGUCAGCAGUGCCAAGGAGAAGCUGAUGAGACUGAUGUCUGGAGAGAGUGGCUGUGACCCCCACGUGCUGCUGGCAGCACCUUGCACCCAGAGCUCGGGGUGGUGCGGGGAUAUGCCAGGGAACCACUGCGUCCAGGAUUCAGAACAGGAUGGACGGCAGCACCCCUGCUUGUUGGGUAUACCACCUCCUUGCAGCAAUGCUCAGGACCUCCAGAGAGAUGUGAACCAUGAGCCUGUUUGUUCUCAGGUGCUGCUUUUUAACACAGAGGACAGCAUCGAUCAUGGUCAGAAAGAUGUCCAGGAAUGCAGGACAGCUGUGGGGCAGGGGCAGGCUCUGGAGCAGCUGCCCAGCCAGGACACAUCAGCUGGCAUGGCCUGGGACUCAUCUCCAAAAGUCAGCUAUGUGAGCAGUGAGAAGCUGCGGGAAAUCUUGCAAGAGCUGAGCCUGAAUGGCAAAACCUACAGCCCAGCCUUACCUGGGGGACCCUCAUGGGGCAGCCAGGGGCCCCCAAGUGAGCAGGGAGGAAGGUGGGGAGCCCAGGAGGGCUAUCCAGGCAUCCACACGCCCCUCAGCCCCUACCUGACAAGGCGGCGGCGGAGGAUCCCACUGCCCCCCACCUCUACCUGCUUCCCUGGACAUGUGUCCCCUCAUGCCAGGUAUGGGGCGAAGGAGGCAGGUGGCUGGAGCUGUGGGGAGUUGUCACAUAUCUCUCUGGGAAGGGAAAGGGAGACGGCUAGUGAAGGAUUUCCUCACCCACCAGCACCAUCCCUUACAGCCAUCCCUAGGGAGGGCUACCUGCAGCCAGAGGGAUGGCCAGGACGGCCAGAGUCCCAGGGUGCCUCACCAUGCAUCCCACGGGAGCAGCCAUGGCAGCAAGGUGCCCCAAGGGGACCUUCUAAGCCCUUCCUGCGCUCCCUGUAUUAUUACCCGGACUCUGACUCCAGCAGCAGCAGCAGCAGCAGCUCUGAGGAGAUGUUUCAUGGCUGCCACCGGCCCUGCUGUGACGUCUGCUUCCAGAGCCCACGUGGCUCCAUGGGCAGCAGUAGCACAGAUACUGACACAGAGCCCAACGGCUGUGGGGACCACUGGACAGAGUGCCACAAUGGGUCCCAGCUGGUGGUGAAUUUCAAAGAAGAUCUGAAACCCACAUUUGUGUGA